AUGGCCAUGUUUCUUCUUCCUCUUAUAAUUUACUUAACAUCAUUCUCUAUUUUCUUUCCAUCUCCAUCUCAUGCAGCAGACACACUCACACCUUCAGACACUUUGAGAGACAAUCAAACCCUGAUCUCAGCCGGAGGAGUUUUCGAGCUCGGCUUCUUCAGCGAUUUAAUUUCAGGAAACCACUAUCUGGGAAUUUGGUUCAAAGCUGAUGCUGCCAAGGUUGUUUGGGUUGGUAACCGCGAAGCCGCCAUAUUAGAUUCCUCCGGUGUGCUCCAAAUUCGAUCAGGAAAUCUGCUUCUCUCCGACCGGCGGCAGCUGCAAGUCAUAGUCAACUCAGCAAAUGUUGCCUCCUCCCCCAACACAACCGCAACACUUCUUGACACCGGAAACUUUGUUCUUAAAGAAGUAGAUACAGGCAUUUUCGAUGUACCAAGUGAUACAUAUCUUCCUGGGAUGAAACUAGGGUUGUUUGGCCAAAACACAACCCAACCAAGCUUUCACUUUCUGGUUUCUUGGGUAAGCCCCCAAAACCCUGCUCGUGGCCUCUUCACUUUAACCCUGGAUCAGGCCAACUCCACAAAGGUGGUGGUUUGGAGAGGAGAUGGACGCCAUAUGGAUAUCGCUUUCUGGGACGGGCACAACCUAAGGUUCAUUUUUGACAACACAAGUAGCAAAAAUGACUACAAUUUUAGCUACCACCCCAUUGGAGAAGAUGCCUACUACACUUUUAGCAAGGGAAGAUACGAUCUCAUGUGGUUUGUGAUGGCUUCAACUGGAGAUUUGGACCAGUUUUUCUUAUUGGAUGGAAAUAUUUGGUCUAUAAGUCAUCGUUUGUGUGAAGACUUCGCUGGGGGUAAUACUGGAAAGUGCUUGAGUUCAUUGCCAUCUAUAUGUGAGAAUGGUGAUAGCUUUUCUGUGAUGAAUGGUUCGUUGCCAUCUACGUUUAAUAGUGGUGGCUGGAUUAAUAUGGGAACUAGCGAUUGUGAAACUUUGUGCAAGAGCAAUUGUUCUUGUACUGCAUUUGUUUCGGUUCAGAAUGGUCAACAAGUUUGCCAACUUUAUUAUCAGAGUAGAAAGGAUCUUUUGAAGAUUGUGGAGAAGGGGCCAGGUAUUGUUUACAUUCGUGGUGGUGCUACUUCUUCAAGUGAUGGGAAGAAUUGGAGACUCUGGUUGGCUAUCGCAGUUCCCUUGGCUUCUCUCUUGGUUCUUAUCCCAAUCUUCUCAUUCUGCUACCUGCGUUGCAGAAAGGGGCGCAAAGAUCAAGCAACCAGACAUGAAGGGAUUAUCCAUUCAGAUCAAGUGAGAUUAUUCCAAAUGGGCUCCACCAAUGCGUCGCCAAUUCAAUAUGAUGAAGUUAGAAUUGCAAAUAUGAUGGAAUUAGGCAGGCAGAAGGAUCAAGAACUGCCCUUGUUUAGUUUCUCCACCAUACAGACUGCAACAAAUGACUUUGCCAAGGCUACCAAACUUGGUGAAGGUGGAUUUGGGCCUGUCUAUAAGGGUUUGCUACCAGAAGGGCAGGAAAUCGCAGUGAAAAGGUUGUCCGAAAUUUCGAGGCAAGGGUUGGAGGAGUUCAAAAACGAAGUCUCAGUAAUUUGUAAACUGCAACACAGGAAUUUGGUUAGGCUUUUGGGAUGCUGCAUUGAAGGAGAAGAAAGUAUACUGAUUUAUGAGUACAUGCCAAACAAAAGCCUGGAUUCUUUCAUUUUUGAUUCAACCAAACGGUCAAUUUUGGAUUGGAGAAGGCGCAUGCACAUCAUCGAAGGGAUUGCUCAAGGCCUUCUAUAUCUUCACAAAUAUUCAAGAUUAAGGAUCAUUCACCGCGACUUAAAAACGAGCAAUAUUCUGUUGGAUAGUGACAUGAACCCAAAGAUAUCUGAUUUUGGCAUGGCAAGAAUCUUCACGGACAAUGACACUAAAGGAAAAACAAGCCGGGUUGUUGGUACAUUUGGUUAUAUGUCUCCGGAGUAUGCCAUGGGCGGCCUCUUUUCUGAAAAAUCAGAUGUGUUUAGCUUUGGGGUAAUCUUAUUAGAGAUCAUAAGUGGCAAGAAGAACGUUGCCUUAUUUGAGGUUGAUAAUCAGCUAAACUUACUUGGCAAUGCCUGGAAUCUGUGGAAAGAAGGCAAGAGCAUGGAAUUGGUAGAUUCAACAUUGACUGCUUCUUGUUCAAGCCGUGAAGUUACCAGAUGCCUUCAGAUGGGACUUCUGUGUGUGCAAGAAAGAGCUACAGAUCGACCAACCAUGGCGGAUGUUGUUUCGAUGCUAAGCAAUGAAACAAUAGCCAUGGUGCUUCCCAAAGAACCUGCAUCAUGGAGUCAGCUAAGUUCCAGUGAUGCAGAUUCGUCGUCGAGUAGGCAAAGACACCACUCUACAUUUGAUAUGACGAUUUCAGGAGUGCACGGAAGGUAG